AUGGGGAAUAUUUGUUUACAUAAAUAAGAAAUUUAGAAAACAGAAAUUAUUAAAAUUAAUGGAUACCCUCAUUUGAACUGUCCAAACAAGUAAAUAUUAGAACCUGGCAUUCAAAAUUUAUCAUAAAAUUUAGAUACUUUUGAGGAAGACUUUUUUAAAAGUGAAUUUAUUUUAGAUUUCUAAGAAGAUGGAUAAAGAAAUCAGAGCACAAGAAAAGUUAAAUUAGGCUCAACUUUUGAAGAAAUUAAUCGAUUAAAUUUAAUUUAAUGCCCCUCUUUAUGUCAAAUUGAUGAAAAAUAUGAUUUUCCUUACGAUAAUUAAUUUAAAUUGACAAAUAAUCUUCAAAAAUAUAAUAAAAAUACUAUUUUAUAGGGAAAGAGAUAAAAUAAAUAUAAGAAAAGAAAUAAAAAAGUUUCAGUGUAAAAAAUAGAAUAACCCAAAAGUAUUCUCAAAACUCAUAUACCAUAACGUUCAUCCUUAAGUAGUUGUUAAGAUGAUAAAAGCUAGCGUACAGUAACUUUCAGUCUUGCUUCUAGUAAAUCAAAGAAUUCAAGAUCCUUAUCCCCUAUAAUAAUGGCUUUAUCAUUGAAUAGGUAACCAAUAUAAAGUAUCAGCCUACCUAAAUUAUAAUAAUUUCCUUAUUUGUGA